AUGCAGGACACAAAUGAACAUCUUGAUAUACCGACAAGACCGCCAGGUCCUAGAACGUAUAAAGCACAUCGACAGCGGAUCCGGCCUCGUAUUGUGAUCGAGAUCAAAGGUUACUCAAGGGGGACAGGCCAUGCGGCCAUGGAGGAGGAAUUGGGAGAAUCACAAACAGAAAAUCUGAUCGACAGAGAUACAUUAUGCUUACCCGAUUUUGCUCAGAAUGAUGUGGUUCAUGGUGGAGAUGGCCGAUUCAAGCAUGUCGCCCGUCAGUAUUUUCCCUCUGCGGAGAGCAAUGCCACGGAACGAUUGGUCAAGCUCAAAACACGCCUUCGACAGGCUUCAACUCACGAUUUUUGGGGUUUAUUGAUGGAGGAAAUGUGUGACAUAACCGGCUCGCAAUGUGGAUUUGUCGCAAAAAGAAUGCUCGUGGACGAUCAAGAUAGUGCGGUAGAAAUGCCCGAACUGGGAGCACCAGGUUCUUGUUUAAUGGGUGUCGCAUUCUACGUCAACAAUGGCGCCAAUGUGAAAGAACUGUAUCGAGACUAUCGAUAUCAUGCGUACGGGACACCAUGCGCUUAUAUGAAGCACGACAAAGUAUUUAUCGUUCCGGAGAGGAUGAAUGAGUUUAUUCCCAACAAUCCGAACGAGAUGCCGUGGAAGCAGUCAGAAGCCUUCAUCGGGCUUCCAUUGUUUAGCGAGGGAAAGAACUUUGCUCAUUUCGGUCUGAUCUGGUCAACUGAGGGUGCGUCGAAGAGGAAACUGGGGUGGAGUUUUAUUGAGAUGUUUCUACACUCAUUGGAGGAUAUGAUUCUUCAGCGUAUUCUUGAAGGCCGUGGGUUUGCAAAAGAUGCUCCGACAGAUUCCGAGUCAGCCAAGGUAAUACCAUUAUCAGCAAUCACGGCAACUCAAUCCUUGAAACCAUACGCUCGAAGCCUGUCUCAUGAACUGAGAACACCUAUGCAAGGCGUGGUUGGGAUGCUGGAUAUCAUGUACUCGACCGUCUUGGACGCUAUCUCAAAUCAAUCAAGCGACAGGGUGCGAGACGUGUUCACGAUUCUCAAAAAUCAUAUUGAGACAGUACAAGAAAGCUCGCGACGUGCAGUGGAUGCAGCUGAUAACGUUGUACAUGCGUAUGACCUCAAUAUGCAGAUGCCAGAAACCCCUCUAACUCCCGACUCGACUUACCAGCCCUCAUUAUCGAUUGCACCGUCGGCCAUACAAAGCCCUGCUCCUGAUUCUGCCAUGUUUCUGCUACCUGCUAGCAGUAAGAGAGAUUAUGCUGAUGAAGAUGAAGAUGACUGUCAUACCGGGCGACCGCGGAAGCGAAUGUUUACCAUUACAGAAGCAGAAAUAUUAAGAAAGUAUUAUCCUGACGAUGCUAUCUCGUCAUGCGGUGUCUGCGGAGUUGUUACCGCAACGGAUACACCUACGUUGUUUUCACCUGGACUGGAUAAGAUCAUGCUCGAAGACAAAGAUACAACAGUCAUAGUACCAGCUACACUUAGUCCUGGUCAUCGAAGACUGGUCACCCGAACAUUUUUGCGAGAGUUGGUUGACGAAGCAUUGAAAAGUGGGCAUCCCAGCAAGGAAGUACAUACCGAGACGGAAUUGGGCGAAACGGUCGAAAUCACUACCACAGGUCCAAGAGGAGAGGUCCAUAAUAAGCUGGUUUCGCUGAGUGUGGAGGCUUCCGUACCUGAAGUGAUCAUUGUUGAGGAGGCCCAUCUGCAGUUCGCCCUGCAAAGGAUUAUCGACAAUGCUAUCAAAUUUACGGAUGAAGGUCGUAUAGAAGUUACGGUUCGAAUGGCUCGGAAUCUGCAGCUUGUAGAGAUCUGGGUAUCGGAUACUGGCUGCGGUAUUGCUGAGGAAGCAAAGUCGCAAAUUUUCACGCCUCAUUUCCAGGAAGAUGCAUCUAUCAGUCGGUCUCGAGAUGGAUUGGGUUUGAGUCUUUUCAACGCCAAGGCACAUGUGAGGAAGAAUUUGGGGGGUGAUUUGACAUUGGAGAGAUCAGCUACAGAAGGACCAUCUAGAGGAUCCGAAUUUCUUCUCCGGCUUCCAAUUUCAACUUUCGAUCUCGUUAAUCUGGACGCUCCAUUAAUCAAAACACCGCCGAAUGGCACAUUUGCUGUUGCCGACGUCGCUGCCAGUCUUCCAAGUCCAGGCAUAGGAUUCACAAUACCUACGAAUGCGGAUCCCGCCGAGACCAAGAUGAUUCCAUCUGGGCCCGCUUCUCGUCCAACGAUGGCUCGAAAGCAGGUUAGCAAGCGCUCCUCUGUGAAGUCGCAAUUAGCAACCGAAUACCCGCUCAACAUCCUCAUUGCCGAAGACAACGAGACGAACCGCAAGGUGUUGAUAGCAUCUCUGAAACGUCUCGGCUACAACCCCGAAAAGAUCGUGGUCGCCUUUGAUGGCGUAGAGGCAGUAAAUCAUUACAUUACAUCCUUAACGAAACCGAGGGACCAACACUUCGACCUUAUACUUAUGGAUAUCUGGAUGCCGAAUAUGGAUGGAUUUGAAGCUGCGACGCGCAUCUUCGAGAUGGCAAAGGAUGGUGAGACAACGAUACCGAAAAUCAUGGCUGUGACGGCAGAUAUCACAGGUGAUUGUUUAGAGAAGAGUCAGGAUAUCGGGAUGGGGUUUCUCGCAAAACCAUAUAAGAUACCGAUGAUUGAGGGGCUGAUUGUGGAACAUUUCCAAGCCAAGGAGUGA